GUCUAGUCUAACUUAUAUCAAACUGACAUUUACAUUGUAUUUGUUUGGUAAUUUUUAAUAACUUUUUACAAAUUACAGUGUUUUCCUUGCGUUUUACGUUAUUAAAAAUAUAAAGAUAAAUAUAAAAUAUUAUGCCGUAUCAAAAAUCAUGAAAGCAUCAAGUGGCGUUGUAGCGCGUAACUCUGAGCUGAAGACCCACAGUAGUGAUGCUAUGCAAGGUACACCUUCAACAAAAAUUGAAAGAAAUCGAGCUACUGGAUCAAGAGAUAAUGGACGUGACAACACAGAAGACCUUAAAGGUAAAGUCGAAUCUAAACUACUUUCCAUGUGGAAUAACAUGAAAUUCGGAUGGACAGUGAAAAUCAAGACAAGUUUCUCCAAAGAAUCCCCUGUAUGGCUAUUAGGGCGCUGUUACCACCGUAAACUAAGUCCUUCAGGUUCAUUGGAGUCUUCGACAGAAAUAGGAACUGAAGCAACUGCACAUGAAUCUAUGGAUCAGAUUUAUGGAGAAGGUAUAGAAGGUUUCAAAUCAGAUUUCAUAAGUAGAUUAUGGAUGACAUAUAGACGAGAAUUUCCCACUAUAUCUGGCUCCACCUUUACCACCGAUUGUGGUUGGGGAUGCAUGUUACGCAGCGGUCAAAUGUUACUAGCACAAGCUUUAGUGUGUCAUUUUCUUGGACGCACUUGGAGAUGGUUGCCAGAUAAAGCUAUCCAAAAUGCUAGAGAGUUUCAAGAAGAUUGCUUGCAUAGAAUGAUUAUAAAAUGGUUUGGAGAUAAAUCAUCAGUAAAUAGCCCUCUCUCUAUUCAUCAAAUGGUGAGCUUAGGUGAGGCUCUAGGAAAGAAACCAGGAGACUGGUAUGGUCCUGCAUCAGUAGCACACUGUUUAAAAGCUGUUGUGACUGCUGCCUCUAAGGAAAAUUAUGAAUUUGAUAACUUGGAAGUGUAUGUCGCUCAAGAUUCAACUGUUUAUAUUGAAGAUAUUAACUCUUUGUGUUUGAUGGCCAAUGGUUCAUGGAAAUCCCUUAUACUAUUGGUACCUGUAAAAUUAGGAACUGACAAAUUUAACCCAAUUUAUGGACCCUGUCUUACUUCACUGCUCACACUAGACUUUUGUAUAGGUAUUAUAGGGGGAAGACCAAAACAUUCUUUAUACUUUAUAGGUUAUCAAGAUGAUAGAUUGAUUCAUUUAGACCCACACUACUGCCAAGAAAUGGUAGAUGUAUGGCAACCCCAAUUUUCAUUGCAAACAUUUCAUUGUCGAUCUCCAAGAAAGAUGCCACUUAAUAAAAUGGAUCCAUCAUGUUGUAUAGGCUUUUAUCUUGCAACACAGCAUGAUUUUGAUACCUUUGUUAAUGUCAUAAUGUCCUUCCUAAUACCACAGGGAGUGUCUGCAAACUUUGAAUAUCCAAUCUUUACAUUACAGAAUGGAUCAUGCAGUAAAGUAUUAGACCCACCAAAUAUAAGACAUUCUAUUUAUGAAACUGAGUCAAACUGGGUGACUUCAAGUAUACAAGACUAUGAUACUGACAUUGAGUCAGAAGAAUUUGUAUUAGUAUAAUGUUACAUUACUUAGCUUACUUAUAUUAUUUAUUUAGUUACUUAAUAAAUCAAAUAGUCAUGUAUUAAAUGAAAAGCAGUCUUAUUGAAAAGUUAUGUUACAGGAAACUAUAUAAAUAAAGCUACAGUGCUUUAAGAUAAACAUUUUGAGAAUGUAAAAAAUAAUUAUAUCAAAAUAUGUUUAAAAAAAACCUAUACCUGUAAUGUAU